GACGUUCUUGUCUGUGCUGGUCUUUCUGAGUACAUUUUCUUCUCGAACGACACCGAGUAUGCGACGACUAUUGCAUCCUACUACUUUGGUGACGUAAAAGUCGUUCGAACUUCAUGUGUACUAAAACCAAAGACGUCGAAUCAAGUCUCGGACGCUGUGAAGGCACUAAGUAGUUCAACCGGCGGCUGUUGGACCGUGGCGAUUCGCAGCGGUGGUCACUCGCCCUACCCAUCAAAUAAUGCUGCUAAUGGCGUGACUAUUGGCCUUGGCCGCCUCAACUCAGUUGAAUACGAAGAGAAUUCAACUUCGACAGGCUAUGGAGUUGCAUCCAUAGGCGCUGGUGGGCGGUGGGGAGAUGUGUAUGCCGCACUUGAGGCGCAAGGAGUCAUGACAACCGAAGCACGGGAAACUCAUGUCGGAGUGGGAGGGUUCUUAGUCGGUGGAGAUACAUAUAACGCAGAACAGAGACGCGAAAAAGGGCAAGACUCACUGACGUACGGUUAA